AUGUCAUCAGAACCCAAAACAGGUGGGAGAUUAAACAAAAAGGAGGGUGAUUUUGUGAGAAGUAAUCACUGCUUGUUAUAACCAUAGAGGAAGAGGUGAAUCUUUGUUAUAACUCCUUGUAGCCUACUCAAAUCAGCAGUGGUGUAAAGUACUUAAGUAAAAAUACUUUAAAGUACUACUUAAGUCGUUUUUUGAGGUAUCUGUACUUUACUAUUUCUAUUUUUGAGUACUGUUACUUUUACUUCACUACAAUCCUAAAGAAAAUAAUGUACUUUGUUCUCCAUACAUUUUCCCUGACACCCAAAAGUACUCGUUACAUUUUCAAUGCUUAGCAGGACAGGAAAAUGGUCCAAUUCACUCACUUAUCAAGAGAACAUCCCUGGUCAUCCCUACUGCCUCUGAUCUGGAGGACUCACUAAACACAAAUGCUUUGUUUGUAAAUUAUGUCUGCGUGUUGUAGUGUGCCCCUGGCUAUCUGUAAAUAAAAAAAAUACAAGAAAAUUGUGCCGUCUGAUUUGCUUAUUAUAAGCAAUUUGAAAUUAUGUAUACUUUAACUUUUGAUACUUAAGUAUAUUUUUGCAAUUACAUUUACUUUUGAUACUUAAGUAUAUUUAAAAACAAAUACUUUUAGACUUUUACUCAAGUAGUAUUUUUCUGGGUGACUUUCACUUUUUGUAUCAAGUCAUUUUGCGUUAAGACAUCUUUACUUUUACUUAAGUAUGACAAUUGGGUACUUUUUCCACCACUGGACUUUGAGCUCUUAUGAUGAGAUCACCGUUCAGUAUCAGGUUGACUUGCCAGUUUCCUUACUCAAUAGUCAACCAGAACUCCUUAUCUCACUAGAGAUAAGAUGUCUUUCAACAUAUGUCCAAUCUGUACUUAUUGCUCCCCUCUUGCUAAUACAUUAAAUUGCAAUGUCAUUUAUACCCCCUUCUUCUUAGUGGCAAAGAGGUUCAAGAACUUCAGGAGAUUUGUGUACGAGUAUGAAGUCGAGACCCUUAAUGGCGUAAAUGGAGCUACCAGCCUCAAGAAUGGCCCUAAAGUCACCUGCAAGGUACGUGACAGACAGCUGAACCCAGAGCCCUCAAUCAACUCUUCUGUGCUUUUGCUCAACUUCCAUUCCUCAAAGCUGUUAAUGAGAACCUUGACGACCUUGUACCUAGCCGGUGGGGAUUCCGGUGGGGUACCCCCACUCAGGUAGUGGCAGUGCUGGCAACACUGGCUGCAGUAACCCAUGGGGAGGGGGUCACACUCGGACAAUCAGAGAAGGGGCAUAUUAUUGUGGCCCUGGUGGCACAAAAUAAUCAAAGGUCUGACUGCACAGAGAUGCUGGGGAAAAAGGGUCACAACGGGGGACCAGAGUGUGUGUGUUUCAUGGGAGGAGGGUGGAUCGGAUCUUCGUCACCUAGAACUUGACAUUGGUUAAUCAAAUCUCACAUUUUUGCUCAAUCUUGCAUGCUUUCUCAAACAGCUGUAACUGUAUAUGCAUUCGUAAAUCAGGUCCUUUCUUGAGUUGGGCUCUGGGAUGUAACAACAUUUGAGCAUCUGAGCUUAUGGUUGAUUGUGGUUGAAAGGGGUUGAGUGUGUAAGAGUGUGUAAGAGUGUGUGUGUGUGCGUGUGUGUGUGUGUGUGUGCGCGUGUGUGUGUGUGUGUGUGUGUGUGUGUGUGUGUGUGUGUGUGUGUGUGUGUGUAUCCCACAUCUGUUGCAAGGGGGUAAGGAUGUUAGGGACAAUAUAGGAUGAAUCACAAUAAUUGUGUGCUAAAAUAGUAAUUGCUUGACAAAAAUGCAAUGCAAUGGCAAUCCUGGUUAUAGGUAACAAUCCUUUGAAUGAACUGCCGACAUUAUUACGCAUAUUAAUUGUUAAUAAUGGAAAUUAAGAUAUGCAAGAUAUUUGAAUAGAUAUAUAUUUUUAAUAGGUAUAUAUAAGGCAAAUUGAGGCGAGAGCAUUGGGAAUACUUUUAGAGGUUAAUCUGCUUCUGUUCUGUGGGUGGCACUGUGUACUGACCGGGAGACCCAUGGGGCGGCGCACAAUUGGCCCAGUGUCGUCCAGGGUAGGGGAGGGACUGGCCGGCAUGGAUGUAGCUCAGUUGGUAGAGCAUGGCAUUUGCAACGCCAGGGUUGUGGGUUCAAUUCCCAUGGGGGGCCAGUAUGAAAAAUAAAAAAUAAUAAUGUAUGCACUCACUAACUGUAAGUCUCUCUGCAUAAGAGCGUCUGCUAAAUGACUAAAAUGAAAAAUGUAAGUUGGAAGUUUACAUACACUUAGGUUGGAGUCAUUAAAACUAGUUUUUCAACCACUCCACAAAUUUCUUGUUAACAAACUAUAGUUUUGGCAAGUCGCUUAGGACAUCUACUUCGUGCAUGACACGAGUAAUUUUUCCAACAAUUGUUUACAGACAGAUUAUUUCACUUAUAAUUCACUGUAUCACAAUUCCAGUAGGUCAGAAGUUUACAUACACUAAGUUGACUGUGCCUUUAAACAGCUUGGAAAAUUCCAGAAAAUGAUGUCAUGGCUUUAGAAGCUUCUGAUAGGCUAAUUGACAUAAUUUGGAAUUGCAAUUGGAGGUCUACCUGUGGAUGUAUUUCAAGGCCUACCUUCAAACUCAGUGCCUCUUUGCUUUACGUCAUGGGAAAAUCAAAAGAAAUCAGCCAAGAUCUCAGAUAAAAAAUUGUAGACCUCCUCAAGUCUGGUUCAUCCUUGGGAGCAAUUUCCAAACGCCUGAAGGUACCACGUUCAUCUGUACAAACAAUAGGACGCAAGUAUAAACACUAUGGGACCACUCAGCCGUCAUACCACUCAGGAAGGAGACGCGUUCUGUCUCCUAGAGAUGAACGUACUUUGGUGCGAAAAGUGCAAAUCAAUCCCAGAACAACAGCAAAGGACCUUGUGAAGAUGCUGGAGGAAACAGGUACAAAAGUAUCUAUAUCCACAGUAAAACAAGUCCUAUAUCGACAUAACCUGAAAGGCCGCUCAGCAAGGAAGAAGCCACUGCUCCAAAACCGCCAUAGAAAAGCCAGACUACAUUUACAUUUACAUUUACGUCAUUUAGCAGGUAUACCAGGUAUUCCUUAAAGAGGUGGGGUUUCAAAUGUCUCCGGAAGGUGGUGAGUGACUCCGCUGUCCUGGCGUCUUGAGGGAGCUUGUUCCACCCUUGGAGUGCUAGAGCAGUCAACAGUUUUGACUGGGCUGAGCGGGAACUGGGCUUCCGCAGAGGUAGGGGAGCCAGCAGGCCAGAGGUGGAUGAACGCAAUGCCCUCGUUUGGAUGUAGGGAUUGAUCAGAGCCUGAAGGUACGGAGGUGCCGUUCCCCUCACAGCUCCGUAGGCAAGCACCAUGGUCUUGUAGCAGAUGCGAGCUUCAACUGGAAGCCAGUGGAGUGUGCGGAGGAGCGGGGUGACGUGAGAGAACUUGGGAAGGUUGAACACCAGACGGGCUGCGGCAUUCUGGAUGAGUUGUAGGGGUUUAAUGGCAUAGGCAGGGAGCCCAGCCAACAGCGAGUUGCAGUAAUCCAGACGGGAGAUGACAAGUGCCUGGAUUAGGACCUGUGCCGCUUCCUGUGUAAGGCAGGGUCGUACUCUCCGAAUGUUGUAGAGCAUGAACCUACAGGAUCGGGUCACCGCCUUGAUGUUAGCGGAGAACGACAGGGUGUUGUCCAGGGUCACGCCAAGGCUCUUCGCACUCUGGGAGGAGGACACAACAGAGUUGUAAACCAUGAUGGCGAGAUCAUGGAACGGGCAGUCCUUCCCCGGGAGGAAGAGCAGCUCCGUCUUGCCAAGGUUCAACUUGAGGUGGUGAUCCGUCAUCCAUACUGAUAUGUCUGCAAGACAUGCAGAGAUGCGAUUCGCCACCUGGUUAUCAGAAGGGGGAAAGGAGAAGAUUAGGUGUGUGUUGUCUGCGUAGCAAUGAUAGGAGAGGCCAUGUGAGGAUAUGACAGAGCCAAGUGACUUGGUAUAUAGCGAGAAUAGGAGAGGGCCUAGAACUGAGCCCUGGGGGACACCAGUGUUGAGAGCACGUGGUGCGGAGACAGCUUCUCGCCACGCCACUUGGUAGGAGCGACCGGUCAGGUAGGACGCAAUCCAAGAGUGAUGGUUCACAGUAUCAAAGGCAGCAGACAGGUCUAGAAGGACAAGAGCAGAGGAGAGAGAGUUAGCUUUAGCAGUGCGGAGAGCCUCCAUGACACAGAGAAGAGCAGUCUCAGUUGAAUGACCAGUCUUGAAACCUGACUGGUUUGGAUCAAGAAGGUCAUUCUGAGAGAGAUAGCAAGAGAGUUGGCUAAAGAUGGCACGCUCAAUAGUUUUGGAGAGAAAAUAAAGAAGGGAUACUGGUCUGUAGUUGUUGACAUCAGAGGGAUCGAGUGUUGGUUUUUUGAGAAGGGGUGCAACUCUCGCUCUCUUGAAGACGGAAAGGACAUAGCCAGCGGUAAAGGAUGAGUUGAUCAGCGAGGUGAGGUAAGGGAGAAGGUCACCGGAGAUGGUCUGGAGAAGAGAGGCAGGGAUAGGGUCAAGCGGGCAGGUUGUUGGGCGGCCGGCCGUCACAAGUCGCAAGAUUUUAUCUGGAGAGAGAGGGGAGAAAGAAGUCAAAGCAUAGGGUAGGGCAGGUGAGCAGGACCAGCAGUGUCAUUUGACUUAACAAAUGAGGAUUGGAUGUCGUCAACCUUCUUUUCAAAAUGGUUGAUGAAGUCAUCCACAGAGAGGGAGGAGGUGGGGGAGGGGGAGGAGGAUUUAGCAGGGAGGAGAAGGUGGCAAAGAGCUUCCUAGGGUUAGAGGCAGAUGCUUGUAAUUUAGAGUGGUAGAAAGUGGCCUUAGCAGCAGAAACAGAUGAAGAAAAUGUAGAGAGGAGGGAGUGAAAAGAUGCCAGGUCCGCAGGGAGUCUAGUUUUCCUCCAUUUCCGCUCGGCUGCCCGGAGCCCUGUUCUGUGAGCUCGCAAUGAGUCAUCAAGCCACGGAGCUGGAGGGGAGGACCGAGCCGGCCGGGAGGAUAGGGGACAUAGAGAGUCAAAGGAUGCAGAAAGGGAGGAGAGGAGGGUUGAGGAGGCAGAAUCAGGAGAUUGGAGGGAGAAGGGUUGAGCAGAGGGAAGAGAUGAUAGGAUGGAAGAGGAGAGAGUAGCGGGAGAGAGAGAGCGAAGGUUGCGAUGGCGCAUUACCAUCUGAGUAGGGGCAGAGUGAGUAGUGUUGGAGGAGAGCGAGAGAGAAAAGGAUACAAAGUAGUGGUCGGAGACAUGGAGGGGAGUUGCAGUGAGAUUAGUAGAAGAACAGCAUCUAGUAAAGAUGAGGUCAAGCGUAUUGCCUGCCUUGUGAGUAGGGGGGGACGGUGAGAGGGUGAGGUCAAAAGAGGAGAGGAGUGGAAAGAAGGAGGCAGAGAGAAAUGAGUCAAAGGUAGACGUAGGGAGGUUGAAGUCCCCAGAACUGUGAGGGGUGAGCCAUCCUCAGGAAAGGAACUUAUCAAGGCGUCAAGCUCAUUGAUGAACUCUCCAAGGGAACCUGGAGGGCGAUAAAUGACAAGGAUGUUAAGCUUAAAUGGGCUAGUGACUGCGACAGCAUGGAAUUCAAAUGAGGAGAUAGACAGAUGGGUCAGGGGAAAAAUAGAGAAUGUCCACUUGGGAGAGAUGAGGAUUCCUGUGCCACCACCCCGCUGACCAGAUGCUCUCGGGGUAUGCGAGAACACAUGGUCAGACGAGGAGAGAGCAGUAGGAGUAGCAGUGUUUUCAGUGGUAAUCCAUGUUUCCGUCAGCGCCAAGAAGUCGAGGAACUGGAGGGUAGCAUAGGCUGAGAUGAACUCUGCCUUGUUGGCAGCAGAACAGCAGUUCCAGAGGCUGCCUGAGACCUGGAACUCCACGUGGGUGGUGCGUGCAGGGACCACCAGGUUAGAGAGGCAGCAGCCACGCGGUGUGAGGAGUUUGUAUAGCCUGUGCGGAGAGGAGAGAACAGGGAUAGACAGAGGCAUAGUUGAAUACGGUUUGUAACUGCACAUGGGGACAAAGAUCUUAGUUUUUGGAGAAAUGUCCUCUGGUCUGAUGAAACAAAAAUAGAACUGUUUGGCCAUAAUUACCAUUGUUAUGUUUGGAGGAAAAAGGGGGUUGCUUGCAAGCCGAAGAACACCAUCCCAACCGUGAAGCACGGAGGUGGCAGUGUCAUGCUGUGGGGGUGCUUUGCUGCAGGAGGGACUGGCGCACUUCACAAAAUAGAUGGCAUCAUGAGGAAGGAAAAUUAUGUGGAUAUAUUGAAUUAACAUCUCAAGACAUCAGUCAGGAAGUUAAAGCUUGGUCGCAAAUGGGUCUUCCAAAUGGACAAUGACCCCAAGCAUACUUCCAAAGUUGUGGCAAAAUGGCAAGUCAAGGUAUUGGAGUGGCCAUCACAAAUCCCUGACAUCAAUCCUAUAGAAAAUGUGUGGGCAGAACUGAAAAAGAGUGUGCGAGCAAGGAGGCCUACAAACCUGACUCAGUUACACCAGCUCUGUCUGGAGGAAUGGGCCAAAUUUCACCCAACUUAUUGUGGGAAGCUUGUGGAAGGCUACCUGAAAUGUUUGACCCAAGUUAAACAAUUUAAAGGCAAUGCUACCAAAUACUAAUUGCGUGUAUGUAAACUUCUGACCCACUGGGAAUGUGAUGAAAGAAAUAAAAGCUGAAAUAAAUCAUUCUCUCUACUAUUAUUCGGACAUUUCACAUUCUUGAAAUAAAGUGGUGAUCCUAACUAACAUAAGGCAGGGAAUUUUUACUAGGAAUAAAUGUCAGGAAUUGUGAAAAACUGAGUUUAAAUGUAUUUGGCUAAGGUGUAUGUAAACUUAUAAUAAUAUUAUGCCAUUUAGCAGACGUUUUUAUCCAAAGCGACUUACAGUCAUGCGUGCAUACAUUUUUGUGUAUGGGUGGUCCCGGGGAUCAAACCCACUACCUUGGCGUUACAAGCGCCGUGCUCUACCAGCUGAGCUACAGAGGACCACUUACUACUUCAACUGUAUGUAUAUGUAUAUAUAUUUGCAAAAAAAUAUAUGGGGGAUUGGAAGUGAUGCAGACAAUUACAUUGAUGGAAGCUACAAUCUAUCUGCAAUAUUAAAGCUGAUCUACCCCCUUAAGAGAGAAAAAAUAAAAUCAUAAUAAUACAUUUAAAUAACUUCCAUUCCUCCCUUAUAGAAGGGAACAUUAAACGAACAGUCCUCUGACCAUUCCUUUUCUCCUUCGUCUCACAGGUUGAAAUCGAUGUGCCCCAAACAUGCAGUUUUAUCCUGCGCACCACAGAGUGCUCUCUGAGCGAAGUCAUUGACGUUGACGCAGAGGGUUCCCCUGUGUUCAUGCCCGCUGCUGGUGCUGAGGCUUUCCAGGCUGCCAUGGAGAAGUACGUUAUCAUGUCACUUUUAUCCCACAGGGAUUUACAGACCUUUUCAAUUUCUUUAUAACCCUUCAUGGUAGAAUAAAAGUAUACGAAAUAAGUAGUUACUAAGAUGAUCACCCCUUUCUUGAACAGGAACCCCCUGAAGGUCAUGGUUGAGGGACAGACAGGUGUGAAACUCUUCCCUGAGGAGGAUGAGACCAUCACCAUCUUGAACAUCAAAAGAGGAAUUGUCUCUGCUUUAAUCGUGCCUGCUUUGGAGGAGGAGAAGAACAAGGACAUGGUAAGAGCUGACAACAGUAAUUUCCUCACCUGCCAUCUCACUGCCAAUUAUUCAGUGACGUGAAAUAACAGUACUAAGGUCUGGUCAUCAAGGCAAUUGGAUUUUGUUUGUGCUAUAUCAGGGUGAUAAAUAUCAAACCACAAGUUGUUAGAAUGACUCCCUAGAAUGACACCACCAUAUACAGUAUAAAGCUGCAGGUUAAAGUCCUUAAUAGCCUUAUGUUAAGACAGUGUGGCUCCUCCUGUGCUCUAUCUAUUAUAUGGAGUUGACCAUUCUAGAUCUAUAUACUGUAGAUAGCCUUUUUGGGAACAGUCGUGAAAAGGAAACACAGAUGGCAAAGUAUACUGUGUAAACCUAAUAAUAGAUACUUCCUCUCCUGAAAUGGAUGAAUGGACCUCGCUAAAGUCGUGUAGCUCACUUCAUUACUCCCUUCUUGUUUAAAAAGCUCUGUUCCACAAGCUUCCAACAUACCUCACUUCCCUUUUGGAAUAUAAAAAUAUGAGCUGCCAAAGCUCUUCGCAGUGUUUGUUAACUCUUGAGGUCCCUCUUUACGCCACAAAGUUUGGUAAAUCCGCCUUCAUUUUUAAUGCACCACAGUUAUGGAAUACCUUACAAAACAAAUGACAGUUUAAAACUGUUAAAGGAGUUGUUUCAAUUGAUUAUAAUAACAUGUAAUAACCUGAUGUAAUGUAUUUUUAGCUGUCUUGUAGUUUUUUAUAUAUAUUUUCUUGUUGUUGUUGCUGUAUUGAUGUACUUUUUGUCCUCAGGGCACUAUUGUUAAUGAGACACUGGUCUCAAUUGGGUUUCCCUGAAUAGAUAAAAGUUAUUAAAAUAAAUAAUAUUCUUUCACUCAUACAAAAACUCUCACAACUUUCAGGCCACCCUUCAUGGAGUGUGUGAGACUGACUUCACCGUUAACUCCAGGGAAGACAUAGCCACUGAUGUCACCGUCACCAGGGACCUGUCCAAAUGUGACAGCUUCAUUGCCCAGAGGGACCACACCAGCCCCCUGGCUAUCAUCUCUGGCAUGGUAAGAGGGGGGAAAAAACUAAACUUGAUGGCGAUCCUUUACAAAAAAAACAUUUGGUAAUUCUUCGAUUAAGCACUACAUUUGAAUUGAAUAUCAUAGUUGUAUUAAUUUACACCAUAAACCCACCAUGAUUGUUGUUCCUGACAAAGCAUUUGAUUCUGGUUCCCUGUCAACAGCAAUACCCACUGUCCAAGCUGAUCAGCAGCACCCAGACUUGCAAUUACAAGUUUGACAAUCAGAAAAAGCACAUGACUGCUGGAUCCUGCACUGAGAAUCACAUUUUCCUGCCUUUCUCCCACCAGUAAGUCCAGACAACUACAUAUCUGUUUUUCCAGUGAAUAGCAUACUGAGUCUGCAAUGAUGUUAGCCCAGAUAUGAUCCUGGCCAGUUUGUGAUUCAUCAAAUGUUCUUCCAUCCUGUUUCCCAAAUGCAGGACUGAGUAUGGAGUGUCAACACUGGUGAAACAGACUUUGACUCUCCUGGAGACAAGCAAGAUCAACGAAAGAGUCUUCAACCACAGUAAGAAUUUCCUCUCAUAGUUCCCUUUACUGUUCAACCUUAAAAAACAGGACAAAAUUCAGCUUUUACCAAAAUUAUGAACAGUAUGUGUACUGUACCAGGCGGCCAUUACAAAAUUAUCUCGAAAACAUAUAUUUUACUCUCUGAAGAUGAGGCCAACCUCAAGGGUCUGCCCAUGGAAGCCGCUGAGGACAAAGCUGCCGUCCAAACCGCAAAUGCUGCUCUUGCCACCAUGAGGGAACUGAACAACCUGUCCGAGACCAACCAGGGCCACCAGCGUGCUAGCACCUUCCAGAGACUCGUGGCCGAGCUCCGUGGACUGAAGGGUGAGACUAUGAGCCCCGCCGUCCCCGAGAUGGUGUCCGUGUCGUACGCCCUGACCUGGCAGGCCCUGGCUCAGUGUGGUACCCCCGAGUGCAGCAGUGCCAUGCUCCAGCACCUCAGGACCUUUGGGACUGAAUCUAUUGAGGUUGAUGCUGCCGUCUAUGCCCUGGGACUCCUGCCCCACCCCUCCCGCCUCCUGGUCAAAGACAUGCUCAGCAUGGCUCAGUACAAACAGAGCAAGCCCAUCAUGUUUUCUCUAGGUAACGUUGUCAGAAAGUAAGUCCAAAAUGUAUGCUCUACUUGGUUAUCGACGGUGACGGACAAUGACUUAUGGUUUCAAUUUAGUUGAAUAAACAUUGUGGUCCAAAUGUUCAUUGCCACCCUCUUGUUUUGUGUUACUAGGCUCUACCAGGCUGAGGGCAAAGUCACCCCCGAGAUCACUGCUGUGUCUGAGUUCCUCGCCUCCCUUCUGGGUGCUGAAUGCACUGGAGAGAAGGAUCUGACCUUCCUGACCCUGAGGGUAUGUUGUUGCUCAACCAAUCAGCUACUUCCCACCUAAUCACAUGACAUGGAAAGUUCGACUUCAUUGCUUGUUUAUCUGAAUCUCUCUUUUUGUAAUGGCGUCCAGGUUGUUGGCAACAUUGGAGAGGCCAUGGAGGCUGCCGACGCUACCAUGAAGACCACCCUGCUGAAGUGCAUGAGACAGCCCGCCACAACCCUGCAGGUGCAGCUCGCCGCCAUCCAGGCCUUCAGACGCAUGUCUGUGACCGAUGAGGUAAACUAUAUGCAAACUCCAAUACAAACUUGAAAAAUACAAAUAAAAUGGGCCUGUAUUCAAAAAGUGUCUCUGAGAAAAGUAAUGAUCAAGGAUCACGUCCUCCUUAUCCAUAUAAUGUUGUUCAUUAUGAUCCAAUCAGCACUCCUACUCUGAUACUCUUUGUGCAUAAGGGCCCUGCACUGCUAUACUGUAGCACGCAUUCUCCUUUAACUAAUUAGCUGCCAUUUUGUUUUCAUUUCCAGGUGCGCUCUAACCUCCAGAGAGUGAGCUCAUACUCUAAGGGUGCCGUGCAGAAGAGACUGGCAGCCUACCUGAUUCUGAUGAGGACACCUGGGGCAAGUGACCUGGAGCUGGUGAAGAAAAUACUGAAGGCAUCGAUGCAGGAGCAGAAACCAGAGGUCCAGGAGCAGAAUGCGCAGGUCAAGGCCUUUGUGACCUCUCAUAUCUACAACAUCAUCCACUCCAAUGACCCCGAGACCAUGAAGUAUGUAUAAACUUCCUCUGAAACAGACUAUCAUAAUUUUGACCACCAAAAUAGUCAACUAUCUAGUGUUCUACAGUGGCUUGCGAAAGUAUUCACCCCCCUUGGCAUUUUUCCUACUUUGUUGCCUUACAACCUGGAAUUAAAAUUGAUUUUUGGGUGGUUUGUAUUAUUUGAUUUACACAACAUGCCUACCACUUUGAAGAUGCAAAAUCUUUUCUAUUGUGAAACUAAGACAAAAAAACAGAAAACUUGAGCGUGCAUAACUAUUCACCCCCCCCCCCCCCCCCAAAGUCAAUACUUUGUAGAGCCACCUUUUGCAGCAAUUACAGCUACAAGUCUCUUGGGGUAUGAUUUUUGCCCAUUCUUAAAGGCAAAACUGCUCCAGCUCCUUCAAGUUGGAUGGGUUCCGCUGGUGUACAGCAAUCUUUAAGUCAUACCACAGAUUCUCAAUUGGAUUGAGGUCUGGGCUUUGACUAGGCCAUUCCAAGACAUGUAAAUGUUUCCCCUUAAACCAUUCAAGUGUUGCUUUAGCAGUAUGCUUAGGGUCAUUGUCCUGCUGGAAGGUGAACUUCUGUCCCAGUCUCAAAUCUCUGGAAGACUGAAACAGGUUUCCCUCAAGAAUUUCCCUGUAUUUAGCGCCAUCCAUCAUUUCUUCAAUUCUGACCAGUUUCCCAGUCCCUGCCGAUGAAAAACCUCCCCACAGCAUGAUGCUGCCACCACCAUGCUUUACUGUGGAGAUGGUGUUCUCGGGGUGAUGAGAGGUGUUGGGUUUGCGCCAGACAUAGCGUUUUCCUUGAUGGCCAGAAAGCUCAAUUUUAGUCUCAUCUGACCAGAGUACCUUCUUCCAUAUGUUUGGGGAGUCUCCGACAUGCCUUUUGGCGAACACCAAACGUGUUUGCUUAUUUUGUUCUUUAAGCAAUGGCUUUUUUCUGGCCACUCUUCCGUAAAGCCCGGCUCUGUGGAGUGUAUGGCUUAAAGUGGUCCUUUGGACAGAUACUCCAAUCUCCGCUGUGGAGCUUCGCAGCUCCUUCAGGGUUAUCUUUGGUCUCUUUGUUGCCUCUCUGAUUAAUGUCCUCCUUGCCUGGUCCGUGAGUUUUGGUGGGCGGCCCUUUCUUGGCAGGUUUGUUGUGGUGCCAUAUUCUUUCAAUUCUUUAAUAAUGGAUUUAAUGGUGCUCCGUGGGAUGUUCAAAAUGUUCGAUAUUUUUUUAUAACCCAACCCUGAUCUGUACUUCUCUACAACUUUGUCCCUGACCUGUUUGGAGAGCUCCUUGGUCUUCAUGGUGCCACUUGCUUGGUGGUGCCCCUUGCUUAGUGGUGUUGCAGACUCUGGGACCUUUCAGAACAGGUGUAUAUAUACUGAUAUCAUGUGACAGAUCAUGUGACACUUAGAUUGCACACAGGUAGACUUUAUUUAACUAAUUUUGUGACUUCUGAAGGUAAUUGGUUGCACCAGAUCUCAUUUAGGGGCUUCAUAGCAAAAGGGGUGAAUACAUAUGCACACACCACUUUGCCGUUAUUUAUUUUAGAGAAUUUUUUGAAAUAAGUACUUUUUUUCAUUUUACUUCACCAAUUUGGUCUAUUUUGUGUAUGUCCAUUACAUGAAAUCCAAAUAAAAAUCCAUUUAAAUUACAGGUUGUAAUGCAACAAAAUAGGAAAAAGGCCAAGGGGGAUGAAUACUUUUGCAAGGCACUGUACCUAUCUACUUAAUAUUAAUACAUUUUCACCAUAUUCUUGCUUUUCUACUCAGGCUGGGUGACAAGAUCAUGGAUGUCCUUGCUGACCCUACCAUUGCAACCACUCAUGGUGACUACGCUACUAUGUCUCGCAACUACAAGAUGGAUGCUGCCAUGACUGGCAUGAAGACCAGCAUGCAAGGAAACAUUAUCUUUGAUCCCACCAGCCAACUGCCCAGGGAGAUCAUGCUUGAGACUACCCUGAAGGCAUUCGGCUAUAACAUGGACAUGUGGGAGGUAUGCAAAAACAGAAAGAUGUUUUUAUGUCUAGUAACAGGCUUUCUAAUGUGAUUUUGUUAUAUAUCUACUCUACAUUGCAUUGUUCUUUUGUCUAUAGAUUGGCAUAGAAGGAAAAGGCUUUGAGCCAACCAUUGAGGCUCUGUUCGGAAAGAACGGGUUCUUCCCCGACACUGUGUCCAAGGCUAUGUAUUGGGCUGGAGACAAGAUGCCAGACCAGGUCAACGAGGUUCUGAAGAACUUUGCUGCCCCCUUGAAGAACGAGAAAACUAAGGUUACCACACAUCUUGUCAUGUUUUUAUUACUCCCCUGCAUGCUCACAUUCAGUUUGCAUUAUUUGAUCAAUGUGUGUUAACUCUACUCAAACCUUUUGUUCAGGUCCCAGAGAACCUCAUGAGGGAAAUUAUCCGCAACUUCAACAAGCUGGCAAAUGACCUGCAGGCUCAGGAGUCCCCUGAAGCCAUGGCCUACCUGAGGAUCAUGGGAACUGAGCUUGGAUACAUCAAGGGCAGCGAGCUGAAGGGCAUGGCCCAAUAUGCAGCCAUGUAUGCUGAGAUCCUCCUCAAGACCAUGCCCACAGAGGUAAUUCACCUGCAUACAUCUACCUGUACCUCCAAGUGUGAAGAACACUCGUUUUAUGCUAUUUCCUGCUGAGAACAAUUUAAUGUACAACAUUUAUUAUUAUAACAUCAAUUAAUUUCUUCCCUGGGUUUAGGUCAUGCAGAAGAUGGUGGCAAGCACUAACAAUGAAUUGUUCGCCCAUUACAUCUUCAUGGACAACAAGUUCUCUCUGUCAACUGCCUCUGGCUUCCCUCUUAAGUUCUCUCUGUCCGGUACCUUUGCCCCCGGAGCUAAGGGAGGCCUCCGCAUUCAGCGUAACAUGGUAAAUAUCCCAUUCUCUGUUAUCUACUAUCUUACUGCACUUAACAUUCUUUCGGAAAAUACUAAUUCAAUUUUGUAUUUCAUUUUCAGUAACAGUAGUUUUUCAUAUAAUUUAUACAUUUGUAUCACAUUGUUUGUAAAUAUUUAUAAACAUUCUCAAGCAUUUAUAACAUUGGUAGUAAUAAUAUAUUAAAUAUUUAUAAGCAUUUAUACAUAUAACCAAGUUUUCUAAUGUGCCUCUCACUGCUAUGUUUUAACAGCAGGAAGUGUCCUUCAUGCCCUCUGUGGGAGUGGAGUUCGUCACCCAGAUGGGAGUCCACAUCCCAGAGUUUGUCAUCUCCGCUGUGGAGAUGCACACUAACAUGUACCACGAGAGCGCCGUCAAUGCCAAGAUCACCAUGGAGCAGAACCAGAUCAAGCUGAGAAUCCCCGCUCCUCGGGGCUCCACACAGCUCUUCAGAGUCAGGUAAAAGAAAAUGUACCUCAAAAAGUAAAUAAAUAAAAAAAAGCUCAUUUUCUAUUGAGUAAAUGUAUCAAAAGUCAUAUGAUUUGUCAGUGAUUUUGUUCUUCUGCACUUCUUCAACAAUAGUAACAGAAUGCUGACAGUGACCUCUGGUCAGGCUACUCUGAUCCCCCCCAUGGAUGAGGGCAGGACCAACAUCGUGAAAUGCAGCCCUCUCUUCUCUGGAGUGAAGUACUGCACCACCGUCCGUUACAACAUCGCUGGUGACAACGCUGCCGCUCCCUAUUUCCCUCUCAACGGAGAGACUAAGUAAGUACAACAUUUUAGGGAGUUUGGAUGGGUUUAUAGAAGGUUAUUGCUAAUCAUAUUUGAAGGUCACACUAGCAUCAUACUAAACAACAGUCUCUCUCCUAGGUUUGCUGUUGACAUCCAGCCCACUGGCGAGGUCUCGGAGUACACCGCCACCUUCGCCUAUGAGCUCCUCAGCGAGGGCAAGGAGGGACGCCAAAAGGUUGACACUGUGAUGAUGAUCCUGAGAGCAGAGGGUAGGAACAUCUCUGUCUAAGCACUAAAUUUCCCAUGGUUAAUGCUUUGGUAUUUUUUCAAUAUAUAGCAGUGGUAUGAAUCAACUCAAUUUGUGUGGUUAACACCUUUAGACAGAGCAAACCUAGAAAAAGCCUCAGACCUUAAAACAUAGCUAGCCGCCUGCUCACCUGUGCAGAGCAACUAGGCCCUAUCUUUAAUUACGUCUUUAAGUUGUCACUCAACCAGCAGAGGGUGCCGAAUCUAUGGAAACAGUCUACUGUGAUCCCAGUCGCAAAGAACAACCACCCAAAGGUUCUUAAUGACUACAGACCAGUCACCUUGACCUCCUUGGUCAUGAAGUCCUUUGAGAAACUGAUUAAGAAGGAGCUUUUGGACAAGACACAGCACCUUCUUCAUCCGUUUCAGUUUGCAUAUAGGGCUAAACGGGGUGUACAGGAUGCUACUGUCACCCUACUUGACCUUCUAUGCAAACAUCUAGAGGUCUGCUUUUAACACCAUUCAACCCCACCUGUUAGUGAACUAACUCACUAAUAAUUUUGGUGUAGGUUCUCAUGUAGUGGGCUGGAUACUUGACUUUCUAACCAACAUAAUCUAGAGGGUGAGUGUGAAUGGGUACUUGUCGGGGGAGCUGUCAUCAUCAACAGGCUCACCCCAGGAGUGUGUCCUCUCACCACUCCUCUAUAUCCUAUACACUGAUAAUUGUCGUAGCCAGUAUGAGAACCGACACAUCCUGAAGUUGGACAACUGAAGUGGACGACUGUAAUAGUCAGUCUCCUUCAUGCCGAUGAAACUGCCCACGAUCCUGUUGUUUAUGAUUUUGUACAUUGUUGCGUUCUUACAGCUGAAUGUGACAAAAACCAAAGAUAUGUGUAUUGAUUUGAGGCAUCAACCCCCUACUCCUCUGAACCCUAUCAUCAAUGGCCAGGUGGUAGACACUGUUGACAAAUACAAGUAUCUUGGCACAAUAAUUGAUAAUAAAUUGAACUUUGAGUGUAACACUGACAUUUUUGUGUAAGAAGGGCAAGCAACGCCUUUUUUGUCUCGGGAAACUGGCAAAGUUCCAGGUAGACAGGACCUUGAUGACUCUCUUUUAUAAGUCGUACAUAAAGUCUGCGUUAACAUUGUCUUUGAUUUGCUGGUACGGCAACCUUUGUGUCAAAGCAAAAAAAAGGCACUAACUAGAAUAGUGAAAGUGGGCAGUAAGAACACAGGAGUCCAGCAGAGUAGUCGGUCUGAUCUGUACAACAGACAAGUGGUGAAGAAGGCAGAAUCCUUUCUGUCUGAUUGUGCCCACCCCCUACACCAUGAGUUCCAGGUCCUACCCUCUGGCUCCUGGUUUAGAUUACCCACUAUUAAGACUAACAGAUACAAUCACUCCUUCACCCCCAUGACCAUUGCCCUUUUGAAUACAGGGAAGAGAAGAAGGUAGGCUAGGGAUGAUGAUGAUGUUGAGGAUGACGAUGGUAAUAUGUUGUUGUUGAUAAUGAUGAUGAUGAUCAUUUUAGUUUUUGUCAGCACAUUGUUGAUAUGUUGUUAACGAGAUGAUCUAAGAAUGCACAGACCACUUUACUUAUUAGGCAAUUUUGGCUUGCUAUACUUUUUUUGCUGUUAUUGUGAAGUGGAAAUGUCAAGGAGCAACAACAGUUCAGCCACGAAGUGGUAGGCCACACAAGCUCACAGAACAGGACCACCGAGCGCUGAAGCGCGCACCGCGUAGAAAUCGUCUGUCCCCGGUUGCAACACUCACUACUGAGUUCCAAACUGCCUCUGGAAGCAAUGUCAGCACAAGAACUGUUCGUCGGGAGCUUCAUGAAAUGGGUUUCCAUGGCUGAGCAGCCGCACACAAGCCUAAGAUCAUCAUGCACAAUUGCAAGUGUCGGCUGGAGUGGUGUAAAGCUCGCCACCAUUGGACUCUGGAGCAGUGGAAACGCGUUCUCUGAAUCACGCUUCACCAUCUGGCAGUCCGACAGACGAAUCAGGGUUUGGCGGAUGCCAGAAAAACGCCAACUGUCCCAAUAUAUAGUGCCAACUGUAAAGUUUGGUGGAGGAGGUAUAAUGGUCUGGGGCUGUUUUUCAUGGUUCGGGCUAGGCCCCUUAGUUCCAGUGAAGGGAAAUCUUAACACUACAUCAUACAAUGACAUUCUAGACGAUUCUGGGCGAUUCUGUGGGGAAGGCCCUUUCCUGUUUCAGCAUGAUAAAGCUCCCGUGCACAAAGGUCCAUACAAAAAUGGUUUGUCGGGAUUGGUGUGGAAGAACUUGUCUGGCCUGCACAGAGCCCUGACCUCAACCCCAUCGAAAACCUUUGGGAUGAAAUAGAAUGCCGACUAUGAGCCAGGCCUAAUCGCCCAACAUCAGUGCCCGACCUCACUAAUGUUCUUGUGGCUGAAUGGAAGCAAGUCCCCACAGCAAUGUUCCAACAUCUAGUGGAAAGCCUUCCCAGAAGAGUGGAGGUUGUUAUAGUAGCAAAGGGGGGACCAACUCCAUAUUAAUGCCCAUUAUUUUGGAAUGAGAUGUUCGACGAGCAGGUCUCCACAUACUUUUGGUAAUGUAGUGUAUUUGUAUUGAUGGCUGUCAGCCCUAUGACUUGAUAUACUAGCUCAUUGUAUUCACUAUAACUGUGUGGCAUUAUGAUCCAUAUGGAUUUUAUAUGUUCAAUGUUGUUUUUUAUGUUCCUUUGUUGCAAAACCAAUUGCCCUCUGGGACAAACACUCUCCUCCUCCUUGUUUCUUUAGGUGCUGAACCCACUGAGGCCACCGCCACCAUGAAGUACAACAGGAACAGGAACGUCCUGACCACCAACGUCCAGAUCCCCGACUACGAUGUGGAGGCAGGAAUCAGUGUUGGUCUCACCGACAGCAGAGCCAAUGGAAAGUCCAUCACCAUUGACAUCACCAACAAGAACAUCCCUCAGCUGUCUCUGAUUGGCCGUGCCAAGUAAGUAAACGCAAAAGCCCUCCCCAUUAGCCACAUUCAUUGGUCCUUGUCUUCAUAGAUCAGCACACAUUGGAAAUUAAUUGAAUCACUAAGAGAUUCUGAUGGUUUUCUUUCCUCCAGGCUUAAGAACAUGAUCGACGGUAUGGUGCAGGUCCAGCUGGUUGUCCCUGCCUUCAAGACUGAUGCAGCUAUAACUGCCACCAUGAAGAGUGCAGAGGAACUCACCCUGGAGCUCAGGAGUGACAUCAAGCUCCCCGAGACCACCUGCUUUCAGGGAAUCAUCUUCAAAUAUGGUACGCUAAUUCUACAAAUUGAUAACACACCACUGUGUGGGGUGGAGGGCUGAUCUUUAUGUGAUUUUCACUUUAUGUUCACUUUAUGUGUGAUUAUGUUUAUUUCACUUGUAUGAAAUGGACAUAAUGUUCAAAGUUGAAUGUACUAAUAAUACAGCAUAUGUUCCUUUUAGAUGAGAACAAGGUUCAGGUUCAGCUGGUGUCCGACAUGGGCUCCGAGAUCCAGAAGCUUAUCCCUAACACCGAAGCCCUUCAGGCUUGGCUGAAGCAACUCUCUGAGGACAUUCUGGACCAGCAGGUGGUCAAGACCGACAUGAAACUGAGUCACAUCUUCAUCAAGUCUCUUGAGGUAAGACAUAACACCUAAAUCCUUUUCAUAGUCACCUCAAUUCUUUCAAUUUCCAUAGAAGUUAAACCAAUUUUUUAACAGGCCAGCAACAAUUGGUUGGACAAGAUCACCACUGAUGUUCCCAUGGUUGAGACAUUGAAGGACAACAUGCCAGAGCUGGCAAUGCCCACUAUGCCCAAGAGACUGUACCUGAAAUCGUAAGCACAUCUGAAAGCAGUUAACUCUUUUUGAGUCUCUUUUCUUUGUUGCCUAGUAAUCUAUGUGAUGUCAGUGUCCAAAAAGUCCAUCCAUAGACAUCUCAUUGAUAGUAACAAACUAUUUGCAUUCUUUAAUUCCUUCAACAGUGAGAGCACAUUCAAAUACCAGUUCAACAAGGACCGUGUCACCAUCAGCAUCCCCAUGCCACUCGGAGGAAAAUCAUCUGAGGAGCUGAGGAUCCCUGCCAUGCUGACCACCCCAAGUCUGUCCAUGCCCCAGGUCGGUCUGGAGCUUGCCUCCAAGGAUGUCCAGGUCCCCACCUUCUCCAUCCCCUCCAACUACGACCUCUCUGUGCCACUCUUCGGAAUGGUCGAAAUGUCUGCUAAGGUGAACAGCAACUACUACAACUGGGAGGGCAUGGUCUCCGGUGGCAACAACUCUGUGGAGUCCCCCAGCUACAUUGCUCAGUUUAAGGUGGUCGUUGACAGUCCAAUUGAACUCCUCGCUUUCACAUCUGAAGGUAAACCUUUACUCUUAACUUUUAUAUUUUUUAUAACCUUAUCAAAAGCAUAUAGUUAAUUUAAAAUCCGAAUCAGAAAGGCGUUUUACAGAUUGCCGUAUUAUCUGUAUUAUUUUGGAGGGGGGACAUAUAACAUUAUAACUUCAAAUUAGAUUAUACAAUAUAACUUACCUUAAGUCAGUUUGACUAAUUUACCUUGUGUGUACUAUAGUGAUUUCAUGUCCCUUGUUUUGUCUCUUUAUAGGAACUGCCCUCAUCACUGACAUGCCAGAAUACUCUCUGAAGGCUAUUGUGAAUGGUUCACUGAGCCACAAGCUCAUUGACAGCAGCUUUGAGGUCAUGGAAACUGUCAGUGUGUCAGACAAAGUUAGAGCCACAGGCAACCACAAGAUUCAGGCCUUCAGCCCUCUGGGUCUGCAGACAUCCCUGGACAUCACUUCCCAGGCCUCCCUGGCCUCUGGCAUGCUCAUCGGAGAUGCUAAUAUGGAUGGUAGUGUAACCCUUGGGUCCAUGACCGCCAGCACCACCUAUUCCCAGUCCUUCUCUGUCAAGCCCAUAAAGAAAGAAGCCAGAGCCGAGUCCACACUGAGGGUGAACUCCCCAAUCCUGGAGAUUAUCAACAGGCUGAAGGCCAGCUAUGCUGAUGAGCAGCUUCUGAUUGAGUCCAACACCAACCUGAACAACAACCCCAUUAAGCACACCACCAAGUUCAGCAUUGGCUACAAGGAGGCCCAGCUGACCAUCAAGACUGACUCUGUGACCAAGGCUAAAAAGAAAAUGAUCCGCAGCCAAGUGGACUUCACCGCCUCUAGGAAUGAAGCCAGCAUCAGUGUAGAGAACCAGGCUGAUGAUACCGAGAACCGUGCCUACUCCCUACUCUCCGGAGCCCUGAACACAGCCGGUCUGGAGAUCAACGCUGACUCUUCCGUCAACUACCACAUCAGCCGCGCCUCCCACAAGGCCACUCUGACGCUGAACCAGGAAGGUCUGGCAACAAGCGCCACCACCACCGCCGCAAGCUUUCCCCUGACCUUCGAGAAUGUCUUCCAUGGUGGAGUCGAUACCACCAGGGCCCACGUGUCCCUCAACACCAAGGGAGCCAUUUGGGAGAACACCGCUGUCCUCAACUUGGAGGGGAAAGUGGCAAGCUCUGAGGUCUACCUGAACAGCAUGUACAUUGGCAAUCUCUUCGAAACCAACACCAGGAACAUAGUGAACCUGAAGGUGAACGAAGACGGCCUGGCCCUCUCCAACAACCUGGUCGCUGCCCUGUAUCAGAUGGAGACUGAGAACACACACACCCUGACUCUCACUCUCAAAUCCCUGGCCUUCCGCUCCAAGACUGAGAACUUCUUAAACGAGGAGAACACCUACAAGCACGACAUCUCUGUCGACAUUCAGCACGUCGGUGUAUCUGUGAACAUGAACAACGACCUCAAGAUCACAGACAUCCACUUUGUCAACGAGGCCAUGUUCAAGGUAAAGGAUUACAAGAUGGAACUGACUGGCAACCUGAAGGGAGUCUCUAACGAAGAGGCCAAUUUCAAGCACACCUAUGAGAUCAGUUUUGCUGACGUGACCGCCACUGCUAAGUGCAACACCCAUGGAAAAUACAUGUCAUCUCAGAUUACCCACACCGCUGACCUUGAGAUUGCUGGUCUGUCCACCAAGUUCAACAGCGUGGCUAGCAUCAAAUCCCAAACUAUUCUGGGGACAGCACUGAACCUGGACAGCACUGUCAACGUUGUUGCUGAGCCAUUCAUGGUUGACAUUUCUGCCCUAUUCAACUCCAACGGAACUCCGAAUAUGUUUGGAAUUCAGAACAUUGAGCUGUUCAACCAGUUCCUGUUGAAAGCGGAGCCCCUGGCUUUCUCCCACUCCUACGAAUGCAAGGCCUCCACAACCCUCCUGCUGGAAAAUGGAGACUCCGUCGAGACCAACCUGGGCAACAAGAUCAUCAGUAGUCUGACUCCUCAGGAGCAGUAUGCCUCAAUAAAGAUGACAUCCAAACUGAACAACCAUGAAUUCAACCAGGAACUUAGCACCAUGAACAAUGCUGAAAUUAUGGGAAUGGAUAUGACAGGAGCUGUUUUCACCACCAUCUUGAACAAGGCCAGUGAAAACCAGGAAUACGCCAUCUCUGGCUCCCUGAAGUACAAGAAGAAUAGUGACAGCUAUUUCAUUCAGCUGCCUUUCGUUGAGCAUAUGCCUGCGGUUAUUAAACAAGUCAAAAUUGCAAUGAUGAUGACGAUGGAGAACAGCAAAGGCCUGCUGCUAGAUAUUGACACCAAGUAUGAAAUCAGAGCCAAGAUCCAGGGGAAAGUGGGAGAACUGAAACAAGUUGUUGAGAGCUUCGACAUCAACCUGUUCAUUCAGGACCUGAAGAACUUAAUCAACUCCAUUGAAAGCCACAUUCCUACACUGAUGUCCAAGAUUCCCACUGAAGAAAUCAUGAAUGUCCUGAAGUCAAUCAAGGACACCGUUAUGAGUUGGAUCAAGAAAAAUGACAUCGCUGGCAAGAUGAAUGCUAUUUACACCAAAAUUGAUGAGAUCCUGUCCAAUUAUGAGGUUGAAAAGAUGGUUGAGAACAUAAUGGAUGAGGUUGUGGAAAUCAUGAAGUCCCACCAGCUCAGAGAACACAUUCAGUCAGCAAUCAAUGCUCUUAAGUCUAUUGACAUCCAAGCCACACUGAAGAAAAUCAUGGCACAUGUGAACUAA